CAAAGGUCCAAUUCAAGGGUACCAAUUAUGAUAUGUGGUCCAACUAAGAGCCUUGAUUUGCCAAUCUUUGAGCACGAAAUGACAACAAAAGAAACAAUUAAUGGCAUUGCUUUCACAAGACUCAAAAAGUCCACCUCGAAACUAUUUUUCUCAGCUUGAAGAUCCCACCAACUUAAAUCAUUAGAAGAGCAGUAGCAUUCGUAUGAGGACUACAUCUCUCCUUCCAACCCUUGCUUCAAACCUCUUCUACUUCAAGAAUUCCAGUUAGUUGUUGCAUAUAACCACCACCAAUUCAGCUUUCUGAUUUCCAUCCCCACCAAAAUGGCUUCACUCUUGUGGGUAUUCGGCCUUGCUUCCUUGGUGUGCCAUUUACCAAACAACGUCCAUGCUCAAGCGCCAUCAGCCACCCCACCUUCUUCCACCACACCAGUUGCGCCUUCUAAUCUCCCGGCAACACCACCACCUACAACCACCACUCCUAUCACAUCACCAUCUCCAACAGUUCCACCAACAGUUCCACCCCCUCAAAUCCCACCACCACAGCCACCGCAAACUCCGCCAAUCCCGAGUCCUUCCCUGCCACCGGCAUUGCCACCACUGCCAGUUGCAUCACCGCCGCCGGCAUUGCCACCUGCUUUGCCACCACCACAGGUAUCCCCAUCACCAGCACCAGCUAAGGAAGCACCAGUGCCCACACCAUCUAUGACACCGCCGACACCGGCUCCGGCACCACCACCACCGCCGCCACCAUCGCCACCACCGCCACCUAUUGAAUCACCAACACCUGCACCAGCUCCUGGAAAGCACAAGAAAAGGAAGCAUAAGCACAAGCGACAUCAUGCACCAGCUCCAGCACCAACUGUUCCGAGUCCCCCAGCACCACCAACAGUUACGGACUCGGAAGAAACAACACUAGCACCGUCACCAUCUCUGAAUGUGAAUGGGGGAAUUGCACUUCAGCAGCAGGGAGAAUUAUCUAGAAUGUGGAUGAGAUUUGGAGUCGCAUUUUUUGUGCUGGUUGCUAUCACGGGCUACAAUUUUGAAAACCUUAUUGGAUGAAACACCAGCAUUGUUAUGAAUGUAGAAGAGAUCCGACAAAGAAAUUCAUUUAUCCUUUCAUAGGCAAUGGAAAGAAUGUACCAAAAAUGAUCAAAGAUGCUAUUUACAUUGUCACACAUUGAUUAUCAUUUCAAAAA